AUGACAUCAUUCUUGGAACAAUUAAGAUGUUUGAAGAUAAUCAGCAAUGAUACUACCCAGCUUGCAAGAACUGUAAGAGAAAGGUUUAAAAAAUUCCCCUUGAACAAUCCAAUGUUUUGGACAGUGUGGCUGAGAAUGAAUCAGGACAAGUGCAAAGAACAAGUCAUAGUUGAUGAACCAAGGACACUGAAACUUUUUAAUGCCGUGAUCUCAGAUUUCAACUCUCAGGAUACAAUUGGUUUUAAGGAUUCUGCUUCCUUCGUUGUUGAUAAUACUCCUAUCUCUACUUUUCCAAGUACCAUUUCAAUGAGUCCAUCAACCAACCAUGACACCACUAGCCUCCUUUCACCAACCACCAAUGUGAAAUGUAAACUUGUAGAUGUUUACGAUCUUGAAGAUACUGUUUGUGAGUCAUCAAUAAAACCUUCAAAAAAAUCCAUUGGAAUCAAGGAAAGUGUUGUGUCCACACAACUAUUGAUUCCUAAAGCUGAGAAGUGA